CCCCCCGCUCCACUUCCGGUGGGGCCGAACCUCUCAGUUGGAACCCGCAGACUCGCCGGCGCCUGCGAUGAAGUCUUUUCGGUUUCCGCAGCGGCGGUGCUGAGCCAAGUGUGUUUUCUCUGCAAGGCUUUCUGGAACCAUCAAGAGGGAAGAUGUCUGUAACACUGCAUACGGAUGUGGGGGAUAUCAAAAUAGAAGUCUUCUGUGAGAGGACACCCAAAACAUGUGAGAAUUUCUUGGCUCUUUGUGCCAGUAAUUACUACACCGGCUGUGUAUUUCAUAGGAACAUCAAGGGUUUCAUGGUUCAAACGGGAGAUCCCACAGGCACUGGAAGGGGAGGCAGCAGUAUCUGGGGCAAGAAGUUUGAGGAUGAAUACAGUGAAUAUCUGAAGCACAACGUCAGAGGUGUUGUAUCUAUGGCUAAUAAUGGCCCAAACACCAAUGGAUCUCAGUUCUUCAUCACCUAUGGCAAGCAGCCGCAUCUGGACAUGAAAUACACAGUAUUUGGAAAGGUAAUAGAUGGUCUGGAGACUUUGGAUGAACUGGAGAAGUUACCAGUAAAUGAGAAGACAUACAGACCUCUGAAUGAUGUCCACAUUAAGGACAUAACGAUUCAUGCCAACCCAUUUGCUCUGUAGCCAUCAUAGACCUGGGCAGACACUUGGCAAACUCUUCACUGGAACACAUCCAUUGUGGUUUAUCCAGUUCUGAUUAUGUCAGAGACUCUGGUCCUUCCAGUGUUCACAGUAAUGAUGUCCAUCUGAGAGACCUGUAGCAUUCACCCCCAGUCGUGAGCAUAUUCUGUACCACUGCUAUUGUUCAAUAUGUUUAAUUUAAAUACAACAAAGCAAUGCCUUGUUUUUAUUA